GAAACUGGCAAUUUUGUGACUCUUCCGGUUUCGUCCAGCAUACCUAGAUUAUCUCUGCAUAGAGGGUGGAAAGCGCAGCUUGACGCCGAAAUGAGCCCAUCCUAUGCUAGGUAGUGUCUUAGUCCAAACACCAUGUGCCCGUUUCCGGAAACGUCUACUAGGGUAAUGGCGAUAUACAGAAAAGGUAUUCGUAAGAGCAAGAACAAAGCCUGAGUCAUAGAGAAUUUGGCCUUAGACAAGAGCCUCGGAAUUCUAUAGAGGUCUGGGUGUAGCCUCUGCUCAUUGUCCUUCACCCUUGUCCCAUAGCCCAUAUCUGUCCAGAAUUGACGGGCAGUUGGUAUGAGCCUUAGGCACCUAUCUAGUCUACGCAAAUAUUAUGUGACCUUGCCCCUCCAACCAGAAAACAGAUAGUAAACAGUUUCCCAAACAUUGUCGAGGCCGAGAAGAAAGCAACCAAGAUGGCAGGCCAUUCCAGCCUCGGCGGCAAUGCGCCGGCGGGUGACGAAGUACAGAAAUUGAGAGAAGAGUUGGCUCAUCUACGGGAAUACAAGACGUUGGCAGAGUGCAAGCUGCAACAGAUGGGCUUGAGUCUGAAAGUGGCCCAGACGCAAGGUUGGGUGAGCAAGCGUGCACACUCCCGCCGGAAGCGGGCGGAGAAGAAGAAGGCGGCGGAUGAUGCAACAUGGGCCGAGAUCAACAAAACCCGGCAAUGGAUACGCGAGGAACGUAAGAAGGUAGGACUGCCCGUAGACGAUCCGACUCCGUCCCCGUCCGAGGCGGCUUACAGGGAACGUGUUUCUCGGGCGGCAGCCCAGGCGAAGGCGCACUCUCUACGCAACCGUGUCAGGCGAGUCUCGCACCAGUUGCUCAUAGCCGCCGCCCUCGGCAAGCAAUACCGCGAGGUCACUGUGGCUGACCAUUCAGGCCACAAUGUCCCCGGUACUGACCCGGCCGUACGGUUGGAGCAUAGGCCCUUUGAUGCACGCAGUGAGACGAGCUUGAGUGCUACCGAGGCCAUGGCGCGCUCGUUCCGCAAUUGGGCAAACCGCGAGAAACAAAAUCGGUUCCGUUCCCGCUCUCAUACACCCUCGACGGUCUAUGUCAGCAGCCGAACCACAGGUCCAGAUACUACAGUUAGUGGCAGUGUAAGCGAUAGCUCGUUCGCUGACGAUGAUGCUGCUGCUGAUGUCAGAGCGGCCAUGGCUCUCGUAUACGAUUCUGGAUUCUGGACUGAAGAUUGCGCCGACGAUCGUGACGACGAUGACGAGGAGGAUGACGACUACUCUGGUGGGCUAGCUAGUCUCAGCUUCAAUGAUGUUUCAGACGACAUCAAGCAAACUGCUUGCGCCAUGUUAGCCGCAGCUGGAAAUGCCGAAGACGGCGAUAAAGAUUGGGCAUACCUAAUUGCUGAGACACUUGCGAAGAGCUGGCACUUUCACACUCCAUCUUCCGAAUCGCAGGAUCUUGUCAACCCUUCCGCUGACGUCGACGAGUCCGACGCCUCCUUGAACUCUUCCUCAACCGAGCUCUCAGAAAAAGCCAAGAAGUUACUCGAGUUCUUUAACCUUAGCCCGCCCAAAAAAAAGAAGAUUUUGAACGAAAAAUCAAACAAGAACGUUACGACACCUGGUUGGUUUGAAUCAAAUUCCAAAAAGGGGCAGCCAAAGAGUAAAAAGACAUCGGCGACGACGAAAGCAGGACAGGUAAAGCAACCAACAAAACAGACGACCAAAAAGAAGGUUCCCUUGGUGCAGCAGGAGCAGAAGCCGAAGAAUAAUGAGAAGCUACCCCCCCUCGUCAAAAGUGUGCCCACAAAGACAUCCCAAUUGUCUGCCAAAUCACAACGGCCACGCAUUGAAGAAGUCUAUGAAGGACAAGGCAACAAACCAGCGCAUCCACACGAAAGUGUUUGGAAUCCUAACUGGUGGCGCGUCAACAACAAGGACCAUGACGACGGGAUAUGGGCCGGCAAGGAAGAGAAGUUCAAGCAGCCAAAAUCCAACUUGGAGACGGGCUGGAUAACGUGGGAUGAACAAGAAAGGCGCUUCCCGCACCUCGACGAGCGGCUACGGCUACACUGCGUCACCAAGCCGGGUCACGCCAUUUAUGACCCGGAAACGGUCGACACACAAGUCUGGGAUCCGCUCAGCAGGGCCAUCAAGGAAUCCAGCACGGGUAAGCGGCAGCGACUGCAUCUCGGACCCAUCACGAUGCACUCACUUAGGCGCUGGUGGGAGACUGGCCACAGCUACGAUAUUCCCCUCAAUCCCAUCCAGAUGCCCGACCCCCCUAGUGCCGAGGACAAGAAGCGGCCGCUGCCGACCAUGACGUUCUCCGAUUCCUCCGCACCCAAGAACGCGAAGAAGCAGAACACUACCGGAGGUCUAUUCGGAGACCAGGGAACGGAUACCGUGAAGGGGAAGAACAAGGUCUCGUUCACCCCGCCGUCUUCGUCUAUGCUGGCUGGGAAGACCAAGACCCCAACCACCGGGGCUGUCGCAAAGCAGGCCACUGCUGUCGCAUCCGUUCAUUACCCCCUAAAGUCACCCACCGCGCAAUCCUUCUCUAGAGCCGACUUAGAAUAUACUUCUCCCGCCGCGUUCUCAGCCAUCGCGGGCCUCAAGACACCGCGCUCAUGGGGUACUACUGCACAAAACCCUCUCACGCCGCGCAGCACCAGCACCAGUGCCGGCCCGCCACCCGCUCCGACCGUGGCUCUCUACGAGAGCUCCGAUGACGACGGCAUCGAGGGGCUAGUGAGCGAAGAAGAGAAGGAGAAAUUCGCCGCGUUUCUAGAUGUGAUCCGCUCUAGCAAUAACAGUAAUAGCGGCAAAGGCAAGCGGGUUGCUGAGACGGAGGUCUCGUCGCUGGCGACGAAGAAGAGGCGCGUCAAUGACUCGGAGAAAGAGAACAGCGAGGAUGAGGACGACGAGGAAAGGGAAUUUAUCCCCUUGACGCCGGCGUCGGCGAAGACCGCCAAGUCUGUGCGUUUCGAUGUCGAGAACAAUAGUGGCAGUGGCUUGAGCAGUGGGAUGAGAGAUGGUGCGAGACGCGCGCUUGAACGGUAUGGACGUACAUCUUCGCGUCGCGGCUCGCUUGGACCGUUUUCGGCGAGGUAAGGAUGGAACGGAGACGGAGACGGAGACGGAGACGGAGACGUACCCGGGAUGCAUUGAGGGGUGUGUUGGACAGGAAGAUUCGUGUGUGGGGUGCGAGUGAAGUUGAGAUAAUAAGAAGCCAGACAUUCUCGGUGGGUUUAUGUAAAGAAUUAAUGAUAUGCACAAUUAAGCCUGGUUAUCCUGUUGCUAGUUCAUGCGGAGAGGCAAAUUUUCUGAGCUGUACGA